AGCCAAAUCAAGCAAGUGGAACAAAACGACGUCGAACCGACGGACAGGGACGAAGGGGAGCUCCGGGGUUUCGGCGGUAGGGGCAGCAACGGUGAUAUGGAUUGCCGUGGCACAUCUGAUCCACGGCAUCGGCGCGUACUCACUGGAGGGCGACCCGCCCGGCAGUAACGCCAGUAACGCCGGAUAUGGUAACGCUUACAGUAACCGAUUCGGAAGGCUGCUUCUGAACGGGACACGCGCGUCGGCAAGCAGUUUGUCCACGUCCAGUGCCACCACCGACCGGGGUCUGUUCGAUGGCGGCGUCGAGUUCGUCCCUGCCGAUGGCACCGCUUCCGCUGGCUUUAACGAUUCCAGCGAAAUGCCCCAAAUUCCCGAGUACAUCCGGGCGACAUCGAUGGUGUUCUGCAUCAUUAUCAUGUGUCUCGGCGUUAUCGGUAACAUUAUGGUCCCGAUUGUCAUACUCAAGACGAAGGAUAUGCGCAACUCGACCAACAUCUUUCUCACCAAUCUCAGCAUCGCCGAUCUGCUGGUUCUGCUCGUCUGCACACCAACCGUGCUGGUGGAGGUCAACUCACCACCGGAGGUUUGGGUACUCGGCGAGGAAAUGUGCAAAGCGGUACCGUUCGUGGAACUAACGGUGGCGCACGCGAGUGUUCUAACGAUUCUGGCAAUAUCCUUCGAGCGAUACUACGCCAUCUGUGAACCACUGAAGGCAGGAUACGUCUGCACGAAGACGCGCGCCCUGCUAAUCUGCCUCGCGGCCUGGACGGUCGCCGCCAUCCUGACGAGUCCGAUCCUUUUCUUCGCCGAGUACAGCGUGCAGCCGUACCUGGACGGGAGCCGGGCCGCCAUGUGCCUAACGAAAGCGUCCAACGGCUGGACGUUCACCUUCUUCCUGAUGACGAUCUCGCUGUUCUUCGUGCUCCCGCUGGCCAUUCUGGUCGUGCUGUACGCGAUCAUAGCCCGCAACCUCAUCGCCAGCGAUCGGUCGCGGCUAAAGAUACGGCUAAGCAAACCCGAACUCAGCCACAAGGCACGCAAGCAGGUCGUGCUGAUGUUGGGCGCGGUGGUGCUCGCGUUCUUCACCUGUCUGCUGCCGUUCCGCGUGCUGACCCUGUGGAUCAUACUCGUGCCGGAGGAAACGUUCCAGCAGCUAGCGCCCGAGCGCUAUUACAACCUGCUGUACUUUAGCCGCAUCAUGCUCUACCUCAACUCCGCCGUCAACCCGAUCCUGUACAAUCUGAUGUCGUCCAAGUUCCGCAAAGGGUUUCUGCGGCUGUGCAGCUGCACGGACUGUGGCCCGAGCGGAGCGCACGGUCGCCGAAAGGGUCGCAAUAGGUCCGCCACCUUUACCACCACGACCACCACAACCACGACGACGACGAGUUCCACCUUCGGUGGACACCCGUCGGCGGGACUCGGGUGCGGGUUCGACCCGAGCACGGACGGCCACCCAAUCGACCGGAAGAAUGGGUCGAGAAAGCUCACAUUAUCGUUGGACGAUUUGCGCCUUCAGCUGCCGACGGAAAGGUCCUCACCGCCACCCCCGCCGUCCUUCUACCGUCUCAAUCUGGUCCGGCAGUACUCGAGUCCGCUGCUUGCCUUCUCUUCGCCGGCCCCUGUCCGACCACCGCCGUGCCACCGUGGCGCAUUUAAGCGUCAGUUUAACGUGACCUUCGACGAACCGGCCGCACUGCUUGCGACGGCCGAAGCCGAACAGCUACUGCUACGCAUCGAACAUCCCGAGCCGGAUCCCGAUGCAUCGGUGCUAUUAUCCCGCCCCCAAGCAUUGCGUAAUCCGCUCCGGAUCAAGCUGCCACGGUUCGGUGCCCGCCGGCCGGUAGCGAACGGUGAUCGGCGGGCGGCCACGAUGAAGCAGCUGUCGCUGGACGAAAGUUUACUGACGGCGGCGAUUGCUGGGCGAAAAGUUUGACAAUUUCACCGAUCCGAUGCUGGUUCGAUUAGGUGUUUGACUAACGAACCGGAUGUACGGUCGGGACGGAGUACGCAGGGUGGUACGCCGGGUCGGACUGGGACGUCCCGCGGUGUCGCUUUUGCGGUCGUCGUCAGUCGUUUCUAAUUGAGUUUCGUUGUUUCGCCACGGUACACAACCCCAUCCGGACGGGUGGUCCUCGAUGUCUCGACCAGCCCGACCAGGCCAGGUUUUCGGGGCCUGUGAAGGUCGAGUCAAUGAAGAGGGACACGGUAUGCCCGACCGGUCACUGACCUUCCCGACACAAGACGCGGUUCGGAGACGCGGUUCGCCGUUCUUUGAAUUCCAAGUCAAGUGUGUCGUAAAAGGUAAUCAACAAUAGCAAACGGACAAGGACGACAGCACGACCAUUAAAGGGCCGGAAGCGCAACGUAUGGAACACCGUUUCGUCACACCCCCUUUUGCGGUCCGGGGGAAAAAAAACACCCAAACGUCGGCACCCAUAAUCGUCACCCGGUAAUAAGCUGUACCCGUUAUCGUUAAGCCAUGUUUUAAGGGAUUUCCUCUUUUCCUGUGCGGGUUUCGGAGAGGCGAGCUGGGAGAACCGAUUUCCACCCCAAAAAAAAAAAAGAAAAACAUAAACCCUUAAAAUACGACAGUUGCUCAUACCAAAAGACACACAAGCGAGAGAAGAGAAGAAGAAGAAAAAAGAAAUAUUCACACACACACAAAAAUGUUCGCCAAAUGACCAUCCGUAAAUGGUCGCAUCGCAUUUACUUAACCAUUUCGUAAGUCCUAGUCCGUGCAACAGUGUGAAUCGUGUGCAAUCGCGUGGGAAUGGAAAAGGAAAAGGAAGGCACGAAUAUGUAGCGAUAUUAAUAGUACUUCCGGCCGGUGUUUUCCAUGGUGUUUCCGUUUGGCAACCGGCAGAACAGAUGCCGGCACAAUGCGCAACAAACAUUUCCCUUUGUAGUUGUUAGAUUUUGUGUGUAAUUUUAUGUUGCGUUGAAUCGAUCAGCAUGGUUUAUGUUUUCCUCUGUUGAUAAGUGUGCGAAACAUUGUCGGGUAGAUCGGGUUUUUGUUUUAUGUUGUUGUGUUUUGUUUUUGUUUAGUUUGAUGUAGUUUUAGGUAUUUAAACAGUACGCAUUAAUUUUAAAU